UCGGCGCCUGGCUGGGGGUCCGAGUACAGAACUACAUUUCCCAGUGUGCAGCGGGCUGUGGGAAGGCGCUUUUGGCAGCCGCCUGGACUAGGGAGUCGCCGCUGUCGCUGUCGCCGUCGCUGUUGCUGCGGAGGGCGCAGACCUGGUGAUGUUUCCAGUCUUUGGCUACUGUAUCCCAGCACAGGAUGCUGCUUUGUACUACCAGUGCCCACAAGCUUGAGACUGUUUAUGACCAUAAGUUUCCAAAGAUGUCUAUCAAAGAAUCUUGUGGAAAGGAAGAAAAGUCUCAGAAAAAACAGACUACCUCUUCACCAACUUUUGAUGAAGACAAGAAAGAGGGAGAAAUCUCAGCAGGUUCUACUAGUUCAGAACACUGUGUUAAGCCUGUUUCAACCAAGAAGAGAAAACUGAAACCAGAUGAUACAGACAUUGUAUACUAUAAUACAAACAGAAAACACAGUAUGAAAAGAUUAAAUGUAGAAGUUGGCCUGCCUAAAAAGAGACCAAAAUUCAGUUCUUCGACCCAAGUAGCAUCAUAUUUAAACAGUAACCAAAUUACUUUACACAGUAGUUCAUCAGAUGGAGCUAAAGAUACUAAACUUAAAGAUUGUAAAUUGACAAAUAUUGGAAGUAAGCUUGAUUAUGAAAUAAAAAGCCGUAGUCUUAUUAAAAUUACCAAAGAUAUGAAAUCUAAAGCUGAAGACCAGACAAAGGAAAAGAAUUGGCCUUCUUUACUUAUUCAGAAGAAGAUGAAGGAGCUCAAGAAAGAAAAAAACAAUAAAGACAGUUCUGAAGAAUUGGAGAAAUGCACGAAAAACCAACCUCCUCAGAAUUAUAAUUUCAGCAAUAUAAUCAAGGAACCACUUGAAUCAGGAAGAAAGAAGAUCAGCUUCAAAAUUCCAAAAAAAUCCUCUAGUGCCCUCCAGAAGCUUGCAGAAGAAAACAUCUUUAGUGUGGAUUCCAGUAAGUCAAAGAGUAAGCAGGAGGGGAAGGAACACUUGCAGAGUCACCGGGUGUCAUUAAGUCUGGAGAGGCACAAAACUGAAAACUUGUUUUCAGAGUCUACACAUAAGCACACUGUUUGUGAGAGGAGAAGAGAGUACCAUCUCGAGCACCAAGAAACAAAUGGUUCAGAUUCUAAGGAAAACUGUGCCCAGAGUUUUGAAACACCAUGCUCUUCAGUGUCAUCUGAGACUAUCCAAGAUACAGAUGAAGAGAUGCAGAUAGUGGAAGAGCUUCAUGCUGCACGCGUGGGGAAAAGUGUGGACUUACCUGCAGGUCCACCAUCUGGGGAGCUAAUGAGUAUGGAAAUUGACUUGGUGGAGGAUGAUGUACAUUCUUCUGCUGAUAUACUCUCAAAUACUGCCUCAGACAAAAAGCUUCUAAUUGUUAUUGACACAAAUAUUCUGAUGAAUCAUCUCAAAUUUGUUAGAAUUUUGAAGACGACAGAAAUACCAGGAUUUGACACACUUGUGUUAAUAAUUCCCUGGGUGGUUAUGCAAGAGCUCGAUCGUAUGAAGGCAGGAAAAUUACUAAAACAUGUCCAGCAUAAAGCUGUACCUGCAAUUCAUUUUAUCAACGACAGCCUCAAAAGUCAAGAUAGAAAGCUAUGGGGUCAGUCAUUACAGCUGGCCUCCCAAAAACUUUAUGGAUUGAGUGAUGAGAACAAUGAUGAUCGAGUAUUAAAGUGCUGUCUUCAGUACCAGGAAUUAUUCCCAUGUUCUCUUGUUAUUCUGUGCACGGAUGAUAGAAAUUUAAGAAGUAAAGGCCUAAUAAGUGGUGUAAAAUCACUCAGUAAAGAAGAGCUGGAUACAGAGAUAUUAAAUUUAACUCUGAACACAGAUUUGUGUCAUCAGCCUUAUAUUUCUAAGCAACAGUUGAAAGCAGAAGUACCACCUACAGAAGAGACUUCUAAGGAAGAAUCUACAAAUUCUGGACUGUCCAUUCUACUUGAACGCAUUAUAUGUGACCUUGAAAAAUGUCUCGGAACAGCUUUAUCUUCAAUAUUAGAAACAGAAAUGAAAAUUGCUUUUGGAAAUCUUUGGAUGGAGGUGCUGUAUUUGAAACCACCAUGGACUCUAAUAAAUCUAUUACAGUGCUUUAAAAAGCAUUGGCUGGCUGUAUUUGGAUUAGUUAUGGAAAAUAACUUGCUUGUAACUAUUGAGAGCCUAUAUGACAAUCUCUCCAAAGCAAAUAAAGCAGUGGAUUUUACAACAGUGAAAUUCUUGCUUCAGGAUUCUAAAAGUUUGUUACAUGCCUUCAGUACAAGGUCAAAUUAUGAUGGAAUUCUUCCCCAGACCUUUGCUCAAGUAAACAAACUACUACAAGUACUCGCAGAGGUCAAGACAAAACUUAAGCCAAACUCUUCAGAAAGCACAAUGAGUAAAAAGCAGGAAGACACUUUGAUGAAGCUUCAUAACCAAGAAGUCACUGUUUUCUUGGAUUCUCAUCCUCCCCAGUUCACCAGGCAUCAAGAAAUCUGGUCUGUCCUGGAGAACGUUUGGACUUCAAUAUAUCAGAACAGCACAGAUGUAUUUCAAACACUGGACUCAAGUUCAACCCUGACAACUUCAAAAAUAGCAUCAUUUGAAGAAGCUUUUAUAUAUCUUCAAAAGUUAAUGGUGGCUGUGAAGGAUAUUCUUGAAGGAAUUCAAAGUCUCUCUAUUCAACCUUGGAUGGUCAGGUGUGGACCUGCCUAUCUCUGCCUCCUGAGUGCUGGGAUUGAAGGUGUGUGUCACUGCACCUAACAGGUGGUUGGCUUUUAGAUUUACCUUUCUUUCCUGUAGAUAAUAUGGAUUUCUAGUUUAGAACACAAAAUGUUUCUACCUUUUCCUUUUAUAGGGAAAGAAAAUAUUAGAUACUCACUUCCUGAGUUUUUAUUUUAUAUUACAGCUUCUGGGACAGUACCAGGCACAUUUGAGCACAUUGGCCCACGGAAGAAAUAUGCUAAUUAUCACUGCUCCUCUAAAACAAAUAUAUUUAAUUUAUAACAGAAUUUAAUUCCUCGGAUACAGUUUUACAACAAACUGAAAUACACUGUGAGAGACAAUCUGGUCUUAUUGUUGAGAUUUUUAUACAUGUGUGAUUUAAAUAUUUGUUAUAUUUAGGAAAUGAUAGUUUUUCCUUUCAUGGCUUCUUAAAAUUCAUCCCAUUAUUAAUAUUUAAAGGGUAUUUUAUCUCAUUUUGGACCAUAGUUUGUCUAAAUGGUUUUUAGGAUAAACAGUUAUCAAAGUCUUGCCAAUAUUAAGUUAAUAGUGAAUUAAAAUAUGGUAGAUCCUUACAUGAGCCAAAUACUGUCUUUAUGUGCAAUAAAUCCUUUAACUUCAAGUAAUAAGAAUAAUAAAUACUAAAGUGACUAUUGCUCACUUGGGUGUAUAAAACCAUGCUUUACAACACCUUGUAGAAAGCAAGGAUCUAAAUUUGUCUUCAAUCACUUGACAUUCCUGAGCCCCAGCUGGAGUUGAUGUCAUACGAGGUACCAGGGACUGAAGAUAAAGGCAGUGCAGCCUCUGACUCCAACAUGGACACAGUCACGUGAAAGAUGCAGCAGUGGCUGGGAUGGGGUUGGGGGUGGGGUGCACGCCAUUAAUCCUAGCAGUCGGGAGGCAGAGGCAGACGGAUCUCUGAGUUCCAGGACAGCCAUAGCCACACAGAAAAAUCCUGUCUCAUAACACCAACACUACCUUUAUCACCAACACCACCAACACCACCACCACCACUACCACCACCACCAAAAGAUGCAGUAGUACCCUCUUAUGUGCUGGAUGUGCAUCUCAAUAUUGCUAGAGCAUUCCUGAAAGCACAAAUAACUGAGUGCCACACUUAUUGUGUCUUUUUAUAUAUAAUCAGUAAUGAAAUUUAAUUUAAAAAUUAAGCAUAUGUAAGAGUUUCUUGACAGUGUUUCUGAUCAAAAAAGCUUUGGAAAUAUUGCAUGGUAUGUAUGUUACCUCUUGAAAUCAUUUUACAUCCACUAGCAUAUUAAUUGCUUUAUAAACUUAAGCUGUGGAUUGUUUUAAAGUAAUGCUAGUAUUUGAGAGGCUGGGUCAAAAGAAUUUCAAGUUCGAGAUGACAUUGGGAUACAUCAUGACUUUAAGACCAGCAUGAGCUAUGUCAAGAGAUGCUGUCUCAAGGGAAGAUAAGUAGGAAGCAUAUUCUUCAGUGUUUUAUAGAUUAUUAUGCUUUGAAAAUGAGGAAGUGGUAUCGUUAACCAACUCUGCAAUUUGUCUGUAAGAGAACUUGAUAAAAAUGCAGUCUUAAUCUAAACUUACUUAAAUAAGAAUGUCCAUACAUGGGUUGGGGAUUUAGCUCAGUGGUAGAGCACUUGCCUAGCAAGCGCAAGGCCCUGGGUUCAGUCUCCAGCUCCGAAAAAAAAAAAAAAAAGAAAAAAGAAAAAAAAAAAAGAAUGUUUAUACAUAUUUUAUAUAGAAAGGAAAUUGUAAUUUUAGUAAGUUUUCCGGAGGAUUUGUACACUGGUAGUUAAGAAAUUCUCUGCUGUGGUCUGUUCUAGCCUUGUUUGUUUGUUUGUUUGUUUGUUUGUUUGUUUGUUUUUUAAUCUCUUGAGAGACAGCGUGAAUAAAAAGUACAUUACUUAUCCCAUCAUUCACUGAGCAAAAAGAAACUACCAAAAUUACAAAGUUUCGUUUUGUUCCAUCUUGUUUUGAGACAGGAUUUCAGUAGGUAUCCCAGCCUGGCCUUGAACUCAUGUUCGUUUGUUUAGUUGUUUGUUUUUUUUACAUUGCUUUUUGAGUGCUGGAAUUAUGGGCAUAGUGGCCUGGCAUAAGUUGCCAUCACCAUCAUCAUCAUCAUCAUCUCACUAUUGUAUUUCUUUUAUAUCUAUGAGUAUUUUGUCUGCAUAUAAGUUAUGUGGGUGCCUGAUGGCCAUGGAGGCUAGGACUUGUGAUUCUCUAGAACUGGAGUUUCAGCAGUUGUGAGCAGCCACGUGGGUGUUGGGAAUUGAACCUGACUCCUCUCCCAAGAGCAGUUAGUCAGUGCUCCUAACCACUAAGCUAUCCAGUGCUCGUUCUAAUCGUUAGACAUUUGAAUGAAAACUUCAGGGCUGGAGAGAUGGCUCAGUGGUUAAGAGCUCUUGCUGCUCCUACAGGGAACUGGGUUGGCCCCUAGUACCUACAGCAGCUCGUAAUCAUCUUAUUUGAAACAGGGUCUUUAACUGAAUCUGGAGAUUGCCAUUUUGACUAGAGUGGCUGGUCAGUUAGCCCCAGAAUCUACCUGUUUAUACCUCCUAGCACUGGAGGGACAGAUGUGCAGUCAUGCCUGGCUUUUAUGUAGGUGCUAAUAACAGAAUUCAGAUCAUCAUGUUUGCUUGUGCAGUAAGCAGCGUGACCUGUUGAGCCGUUUUCCCAGACCUUGAGGCUGUCUCUUUUUACAUGACCUUUUUCCUGUUUUUUAAAGUUGUAGGGACAAAUAAUAACUAACAUAAGUUUGACUAUAUAGGCCUAAUCAUAAAAUAUGAUUUCAAAAAAUCAAACCUGUUCUAGGCUUUAAGAAAAGAUGGUUCUUACUAAUUGUUUUAAAACCUCCACAUGUUAAAGUUUUGGUUUGAAAUACCUUGUACCAUGCACAGACAGGUACACCAUAUAUGACUUAUUACUAAGGAGGGCUAUGAUCACAGCAUCUUUUUGGAUCCACUAGUGCUUAGUCACUUUUACAUUUAAAAAUUUAUUUAUUUUAUUAGCAGGUAUUUUUGAGUAAGUGUGAUAUUGGGAUAACUGAACUCUUGCAAGAUUAUUUAUAAAAGUACUUCUUUCGGUGGCACAGGGUGUGGUGACUCACAGCCACAGUCAGGGAACUGAAGCAGGAAGACCGCCAGCUUGAAGUCAGACUGGUCUGUACUGCCAGACCCUGUCUUUACAAAGAAGGAGCAGUUGACACAGUGACAGCACUCUGGCCUUUGUAUCUAGAUUCUGCUGGUUUGUUGAAACAAAACAUUUUUUUAGUGACCUUAAAAACUUCAAGUUGGAGUUUUAGAAAUGACUUCUCAGCAUGUGAAUUAAUUGUCAUGAACAGAAUGCUUGGUCACUAAUAAAGUUUUUCUUAUUUUGAGUUAGAGGGAUUUACUCAUUGAGGUUUGACUUUAUUCACAGUGUAUCUUUUCUACUUCUAGAUCAGUGGUUUUCUUAAACUUCCUAAUGCUGUGGCCCUUUAAUACAGUUCCUUAUGUUGUGGUAAUGCCCACCCAUAAGAAAUUACAGAAAAACCCUUUGAUAAACUUGAUAAACAUCAAUGACAUAUAAAUGUUUGAAGGAGAAAAUUAAAGAUUUGUUUAAAAUUAAUUUUUAUGGUCCUUUUAUUAAUUUAUUAUUAAUUAAUUUAUUUAUUUUAGGAUUUUGGCUCCUAAUAGUAAUUGCCAAGAUGUUGAGACUCUCUAUAACUUCCUAAUCAAGUAUGAGGUA